AGGACGAGGCACAACAUGUUGGGUGCUGGAGCUGCAGCCUAUGGAAUCCAGGAGUCUGUCUUUACAGUGGAAGAGGGUCAAAGAGCAAUAUUCUUCAACCGCAUUGGUGGAGUUCAGGAGGAUACUGUUCUUUCAGAGGGACUUCAUUUCAGAAUUCCUUGGUUCCAGUGUCCAAUAAUUUAUGAUAUUCGAGCCCGGCCUCGCAAAAUUUCCUCACCAACAGGAUCCAAAGAUCUGCAGAUGGUGCAGAUCUCCUUGCGUGUUCUAUCAAGACCCAAUGCUACAGAAUUGCCCAGCUUAUAUCAGCGACUUGGACAAGACUAUGAAGAACGGGUUCUUCCUUCCAUGGUCAAUGAAGUACUCAAAAGUGUGGUAGCAAAGUUUAAUGCGUCACAGCUCAUUACCCAACGAGCUCAGGUUUCUUUGCUUAUCCGACGGGAACUGACGGAGCGAGCAAAGGAUUUUAGCCUUAUAUUGGAUGAUGUAGCUAUCACAGAGCUGAGUUUUAGCCGAGAAUACACGGCAGCAGUUGAAGCCAAGCAAGUGGCCCAGCAGGAGGCUCAGCGGGCACAAUUCCUUGUGGAAAAAGCAAAGCAAGAACAAAGGCAGAAGACUGUUCAGGCUGAAGGUGAAGCCACAGCUGCUAAAAUGAUUGGAGAAGCCCUCAGCAAGAACCCAGGUUACAUCAAGCUGCGCAAGAUCCGUGCUGCCCAGAAUAUCUCCAAAACGAUUGCAGCAUCUCAAAACCGUGUGUAUCUUACAGCUGACAAUUUAGUGCUUAAUCUACAGGAUGAAGGUUUUACAAGAAGAAGCGACAGUCUUCUCAUGAAACAGACAAAGAAAUGAAACAGUGAUUGCCUCCUUGAACCAUGCAGAUGGUUCAAAAAGGAUGUUGAGACUCUGGAAAGAGUGCAGAGAAGAGCAACAAAGAUGAUUAGGGGACUGGAGGCUAAAACAUAUGAAGAACGGUUGCAGGAACUCGGUAUGUCAAGUUUAAUGAAAAGAAGGACUAGGGGAGACAUGAUAGCAGUGUUCCAAUAUCUCAGGGGCUGCCACAAAGAAGAGGGAGUCAAGCUAUUCUCCAAUGCACCUGAGGGAAGAACAAGAAGCAAUGGGUGGAAACUAAUCAAGGACAGAAGCAAUCUAGAACUAAGGAGAAAUUUCCUGACAAUUAGAACAAUUAAUCAGUGGAACAACUUGCCUGCAGAAGUUGUAAAUGCUCCAACACUGGAAAUUUUUAAGAAAAUGUUGGAUAGCCAUUUGUCUGAAAUGGUGUAGGGUUUCCUGCCUGGACAGGGGGUUGGACUAGAAGAUCUCCAAGGUCCCUUCCAACUCUGAUAUUAUUAUUAUUAUAAGAUGACUGACAGAAUGAGAAUUCUGGGCUUUUGGAUACUGUACCUUUGAGGCCCAUAAAUAUUCUCUUGGGAUUUCUUUUCAGUUGUGAUCUUCAUCCUUGUCAACUUCCCAAUUCAUCCCUCCCUAAAGGACCUUUUCUAGCUAGUGUGGCUCCAUUUUUCUGAGAAUAUUAACAGUAGGAAUUGGUUUUAUUGAAUGGAGUUCCCUUAGAUACUUAAUCCCAUCCUGAUGGAUCAGAUGUUUACUGGGAGAAACAAAGAGGGUUGCGUUAUGCAAUUUUCUCUAUUGGGACUGAUUUUUUUAAGUAGAUCAAAUUGUUGCUGUUAAGUUUCUGAUGGCUCUGUGUCAUGCCUUAUAUAUAAAAUCCCUGGCUCUUCCAUUUUUCAUUUCUGACUUACUUUUCCAUUCUCUAUUCCCUAUUGAACAUCUCAUCUCAGGAAUAGAUGGGUCACAGGACUUUUGCACUUCCUGUUAUACUUUAUCUAUGUAACGUUGGUUGCCUUGUGAUUCACAUCUUUAUUAAAUAAAAUCAGGUCCAAAACUCAAAAA